AAUAAGAAUUCUUUAUUUUUUCCUCAGUCCAUACUCCAUACUAACUGGUAAGUGGUAUUUCGGUUAUUUCAAAUUCCUGAAGGAUAUAUUAAAUAAACUCUUACUUUUAGUAGUUAUUAGUGGAGUUCAAAGUAAUUUAAAUUUCUAAUAUUUUGAAAAUAAAAAUGUCAAAAAAAUUACCAUCUCCUAUUUUCACGUUAAAAUGUGACAAAUAUACUACAUACUGCUUGAAAUUCUAUUCAAACAGUGAAAUUCUCUAUGCUGGAACUCAAAGUGGAGAGAUUCUCGUCUGGAAUCUGGAGUCUAACCGCUUAAAAAAUGAAAUUAAAGCCAGCUUAGUAUGUAUAAUGACCCUUGAACUGUUGAUCAAACAAAAUCAAUUGGUGUCGCAAGACAAAGUCGGUGAAAUUAAAUGUUGGCAGAUAGAUGGUAUCGAACUCAAACUCCAUCAUACAUUAUCAACCCAAAUAAUUGGCUUUUGUAAAAUAGCCUUAUACAAAACAAACAUGUUAUUAUGCAAAGGAGAAAAGUCUAUAAUGAAUUGUUAUUCUACUGACAGUUAUGAUAAAAUCACUGAUUUUAAUCCAUGCCAAGAUGACAAUUUGGGAGAUUUGAUGAUUAUAAAAUCUAUUGGCGAUUUUAUAUUUUGUGGUUAUGAAGCUAAUAUAAUUGUUGUGUGGCAAGAAGACCAUAUUGUUAAUCAAUGUAGUUUUCCUGAACUAGAUUGUUUGAUGGCAAUGGAUGUGGAUCAAAAUGUGACCAAAGGUAUUUGUGCUGGUAGUUCAAAUGUGAUAAACACGUUUAAUAUUACAGACGGUAACCUAAGCCUACAUAAAAACAUUAAGAUUACAAAUCCUGGUGUUAAUAUUUUGCAGUUACGACCUGAUGAUAAAAUAGUCGCUGCUGCCUGUUGGGAUCUAACUGUAAGACUAUUUUCUUGGAAGACCAUGAAACUGUUAGCAGUUUUGGAUUCCCAUUCGCCUGGAGUCUUAAGUGUUGCAUAUUCUGAAUUGUCUGUAACAUUUUGGAAAGCCAAGUACUUGCUGGCCGUUGCAAAUAAAGAUAAUAAGAUCACUCUUUGGGAUAUCUACAAUGGAAAAGAUAAAGAUUAACUCUUAUUAAUAUUCCCAUAUUAAUAUUAUGCCAAUUUAUGGUAAAGUGCAUAUUUCCAAAAUAAACUAUUGACUAUUAAGUCAAUAGAAUGUUUAAAAAAUUGAAAAUGAAGCAAUUUGGUUACUAAAAACACCUAGUGGAGUGCAUUGUUGAAAUUAUGAACUUAUGAAGAACAUUUUUGAGUGGUUUUUUUGUACUAUGAAAACUAAAGGUUGAUUUGAGAUUUACAUUUAUAUAAUCAGUUUAAAAAAAAUUAUUUUUAAAUUAUUUAACUGUGGAAAAAUAACUAUAGAUUUAUUAAUAAAAAGCUUGUUUCUUUAAUUCUAGGCUAUCAUGUAAAAGUAUAAAUCUCUUUUUCACGAAUAAAAAGUAAUAAUUCUCAAUAUUGUGUUCUGUUUGAAAUCGAUAAAUCAAAAUCUAAUAUCAAUGCAUGAAAUACCACAAUAGCCGUAAUGUAUGAAUAUAGAUUUUUAAUUAGAUUAUAAUUCAUAAAGUUCUCAUUUCAACAUUCAACUGUAUGUCUCUAUGUAAUAUGUACUGAUUAAUGAUUAUUUUUGACUAUUGUACCUCAGUUUUACCACAUUUUUAAAACUGUUAAUUGUUAUUAUUAUUUUAAAUGUAUAAUGUUCAAUAGUAAUUAUCAUUAUAAUUGUAGAAUUAUAUUUUACUGGCAAACCUUUUUUUUAUUAUUUUGUGAUGUUCCCUCAGUAAAAUUAAGGGCAUUUCUGUCACAUUCCAAAAGUUCAAUCCUAUGUAAUUAUGCAAGUAUGUAUUAAGGUGAAAAUUAGUCGAGUCUCGAAUCUCGAUAACUCGAAAACCUCGAUAACUCGAAUUUCUUUUUGUCCCAAUGGAGUUCUUAUUAAUAACUUUUAUUUUAUUUUAAAUUAUUUUAAUUUAAUUUAAAUUUUAUUUGUAACUCGAAAAAUACAGAAGUCGAAUUAAUUUUUACCUCCCUUGAAAUUCGAGUUAUCGAGACGACUGUAUUAUUAUUUUGUGUACAAUUGCGUACAAGUACCUGCGCGAGCGGCAACUGCAAAGUUGCACUAUAAUAAUAUUAUGUACACUACACGGCGAAUAACGCGAGCGUUACAAAGGCCCCGAAACAAAUUUCUAGUCGUUAAAAACGGGUCGGAGCCCGCCGGCCUUAGCGUGCCUGCACCGGCGCAUGGUUAUUAUAAUAUUAUUAUUUAUUAUUAUUAAAUUAUUAUGCUUUUAUUAAAACACUACUUGAAAACGCCGUAAAUACACACCGCGACCGCUUACAUUAUUUUUAAUACGUAUAAAUAAUACAGCCGCUGUAGCCUGUUUGCAAUUUAUGUGCGAGUGUAUGUUAUUAAUAAGUUUAUACACGAGCGUACGAUAUUGUAAUACAUUAUGCGCGUAAUAGAUAUUAUAAUAAUUUUACAUAAUAAUAUGGUUGCUGACAAAUAUUCGUGGAAAAAUCGGUAUGAUAUAAUACUCAUUAGUUGUUUUGCUGAAAACCUUAGGACGAGAAUAUAUUCAAAUAGGUAGGUACAUAUAUUUAUAGACACACACGAGGCGUAUACUACUAUAUUAUAUAUUUUUUAAUAAACGCAUUAUUAAAAAGUCGAUUAUUGCGUUUUUUUCCAAGAAUAAGUCUACUUAGAGAAUCCAU